AUGGGGAGUGUGUAUUCACCUGUCCGUGAGACAGGGCGUAUCUUUUCCUACCUCUGUGACCAAGCCGAGCGUCUCAAUCUUCCUUCAGAGGUUGUAGAAAACAAGAAUGCAGUAUCCUUCGACUCUGCGCACGAUGAGAUCUACUAUCCCAUUCCUUUCAAAGAGACAGAAACUCUGGCUGCCUUGAAAGGUGUCGAAGGAUCCGUGGCAGCUGCAAUCGCGAACCUGCGCUAUGGGCCCCAAAAGCGUGAUGUGAAGGUUAACCUUGAGCGAGCAACAGCUUUUGGUUGCCAGGCUUAUAUGGCAAAAGUUGACGGACUGUCUAAGCUGGACCCAGAGGUCAAAAAGAAGUUGAAAGAUACCGAUUUGCUUGCGGCGCAGUCCAAUGGUUACCGUCGGAUGUCUGCGAAUUUAUACAAAACUAAGAACGAGGGCGAAUACUUCCAUAUCCAUGGCUCCCUCGAGGCCACGACAACACUGAAUAUGAUUGGAUUGGAUGGUCACCGUCCAGAUCUGACAGACUACGAAGAGAUCAUUAAAGUCAUUGAGAGUCAAGUACAGAAAUACACAGCUGCAGAGUUGGAAGAGAUGAAUAAAGCGAGAAAGCAAGCUGGUGUGACAGCUUUUAAAUACGAAGACUUCAUCAAAACUCCACAUGGUGAACUUAACGUUCAACAACCCGCAUGGAAGGUGUCCCGCCUCAAGGGUGACCUGCCUCCCACACCCUUUCCCGCUAGUCGUCCUGGGAGCAAGAAGAUUCUUGAAGGAAUUAAAGUCCUGGAGCUCUGCCGCAUCAUUGCCGGGCCCACCGUUGCACGCAUCUUGACCGAGUAUGGAGCAGAUGUUUUGAAGAUCACCAGUCCGAGCCUCUCUGAUGUGCCAUUCUUCCAAGUGGAUGGUAACAUGGGAAAGCACGCUGCUGAUUUGGACCUGAAAACAGAAGAAGGACGACGCCAGUUUGAAGAGCUUUUGGCUGACGCAGAUGUGGUCGUGGAUGGAUAUCGCCCAGGGGCCAUUGAGAAACUAGGAUAUGGCCCUGAAGCUCUUUCCUCCCUGGCAGAGAAACGUGGAAAGGGAAUCGUGUACGUGAAUGAGAACUGCUUUGGGUAUGAGGGAGAAUGGGCUGGCCGCGCAGGCUGGCAACAGAUUGCGGACUGCGUGACCGGUGUUGCCUGGGCACAGGGACAAUUUAUGGGACUGUCGAACCCGGUGGUGCCCCCAUUCCCUAUUUCAGACUAUGGCACUGGUUGCAUGGGUGCCAUUGCCGCGUUGACUGGGCUCUACCACAGAGCGAAAACUGGCGGCUCCUACCAUGGAAAAGCGUCUCUGAUGCACUACGAUCUACUGCUCUUUGCUGUAGGAAAAUACUCCGAGGAGGUGCAGGAGAAAAUGCGAGCUGCGCAGCCCCCAGAAUUCUUCAAGCUGAGACACUGUGAUAGCGUGGACCGCAUCUCAUCGACUGUUCUGAAGAUCAUGCAGGCCCGGUUCCCUCAUCUCUACGAUAGUACCUCGGGACAAGAGGCGCUCACAGAGAAAUGGUACUCCAAGGCCUACAACGCGGAUAUUGAGGUUGUCCGACCAAUCUGUGAAAUUGAUGGUGUCGAAAACAAGUUCGAGAGAGCUUCUCGACCCAACGGAACCGACCGGGCGAGCUGGGAGGAUUUCAGAGAGGUCGAAGAAGAUCGUAAGAAGGCUUAA